CGUGAAGAGGAAUGGGAAAUGCAUGUCAUAUAAAUAUCCUGUUUGCAAAUAGCGCUUCUGUAAACAAAUCCAGCUCUGCAAAUUGAUGCAGCAUCGCUUGUGAAAGUUUAAGUGCGAAAAGUGUGACGUGGUGUUCCGACACGAAGGUUCCUUUACGAAAAUCCGGAAUCAGAUAACGAAGACAGACGGCUGCCCUUUUCUUACCAUCAACAAAGCAACGUAAAUAACGUGUUGAAGAUCAUACCCAUAAUUUGCAACUGCUAACACCUUCGUUAAUUAUUUAGCCUUGAAAAUGACAAAAUCGAGCUUCUAUUUUUCGGACGCACUAUAUUUAAUUCCCGACAUCUCGUUAUGGUCCAAUUUAAAUUAUUCAGCGUACGUUAGUUUCUCGAAUAUCAAUUUAUGACCGCAAACGUCUCGAAAAUAAUCCAUUGAAAAUUCGUGUUAAUUUAGAGAACAUUUUAAUCAGUCGCACAAUCGUUUGUUAAUUUAUGUCACAUGUAACAUGUUCUAAGACUCCCGCCCAUAUUAAAUCCUGCCAUAAUUGUUUCAACAGUGUGAAAUGAAUUAGUGUGUAAGUGCGAAGUCCGAAUUUGAAGCAACAAAGUGUUGACGUUUAUUACAUAUUGUUUUGAAGAAAAUUACAUUAUAAGAAGCGAAAUAAAACAUGUUUCAUUACAAUGGGAAAUUCUAACUUUAAGAUGUUACACAAAGUGCUGAUUUUGUGAGAUUAGUGUUUUCAUCAGUUUUCACAUUUCUUCGUCGCGGUGCCUCUAAAUCCAAUGUCGAUGUUUUCGAAGGCGACACUUUUGUAUCUUUUUGCGAAUAGAGCAGUGAACAUGUUGCAGAGAGCGAAGCGAAAAGAGACGAUACGAAGAGUUCUAGUCAGAACGUCGCUGUCAACUUCAUUAACAAGACAAUCGAAGAACGCUGCAAAGAGGUCGGAGAAGGCGAAGCUGAGACGUAAAGAAAAAAAACGAUACGAAGAGACGUUGGAGCUCGAGAAAAUCUACUGUGAUAUCUGCAAGACUACAGUCUUCGAACGAAAUUAUAAGAAACACCUUUUACGGCACAAUUUCAAAGACUAUCAGUGCGACACAUGCUUGAAGAAGUAUAAACAUAAAAGAGCACUGUCGAAACAUAAACUGACCAUUCACGGAGAUGCGCCCUUGCACAAUUGUCAAUAUUGCGACUUCGUGACGGUCCACUUCUCUUACUUGCGGGUUCAUGUAAUGCGCAAGCACAAUAACACGUUCCCAUUCUCAUGUCAAAAGUGCGACCGAAGAUUUCGCAUAAGAGCCGAUUACAUGAAGCAUGUGGUGACACACGACGGCGAACCGUGCAUCUGCGACGUGUGCGGCGCCAAAGUGCCAAACAAGAUAUCCCUCUACUUUCACAAGAAUUACAAUCACACUGUGAAAGACGCGAAGUUCCCAUGCCCGAUGUGCAAGAAGAAACUCCAGAGCCAGAAGAACUUGGACAGCCAUAUACAACAGCACGGCCGGAAGUUCAUCUGUGAGGAAUGCGGGCUCGGACUUACCCGUAAGUCCGGCCUGAGAAAGCAUAUAAGGACGCACUCGGGUGAGAAAUCAUUUUCGUGUCACAUCUGUCAGAAAACCUUCGCCAGUGCUACGAGCAGGAAAGUUCAUCUUUUGACGCAUUCGGGCGUCAGACCCUACGUCUGCACGAUUUGCGGACAAAGCUUCACCCAACGACCGGCUCUUUGCGUGCAUUGGAAAAAGAAGCAUCCCGAUGCCACGGAAUCGUUGCCCUCUGUGUCCAUAACUAACAUUAUCCACAGUGUCACGAAAAACGUUAAAAUGGACGACGCAUGAAUAGUUUUAAGUAAAGACUACCGAUACGAUAAAUACUACUAAGUGGAUAGAAAGUUGAAGUAUGCUGCUUACGUUUGUGAAACGUUCUACGGUGUUUCUUAGUGAUUUAAGUUUUUACGGAGAUAUAUUAUACUAAGGUGAUCGUGCGAAAGUCAUAAUAUCCACAAUUUAACCUUGACAAUGAUUGUUGUAAAUUAAGUUUUUGCGUUAAGUCUUUCACUAUACCUUCUGCAACCAAAAGCUUUAUCUAGUCAAUUAUAUAAGUUCAAUUUUGUUUCCUAGUUCAUUUACGUGAACAUGUGCGUAGGAUAUAAAGGGAUUUGUUUUAACACUAAAACCAGUUGACGGGGCAAAAUAGUCCUCUUUUGAUUUUUUUCAUUUUGAAAUUAUAAAAAUGUUAUUAUCAUAGCGACUUGUAUCACUUAAGUUUGGUAGUUCUAACGUCAAAUAUAUUUCUAGUAUACCGAGGAGUAUGUUUAAUAUUCUACGAAUUUGGGAAUGUUGUUUAUGUUUGACUAAUGCUGUUUGUACAUAUGUAAUGAUUAAGAAGAAAAUUGUCUUUCAGUUGAAGCAAAAUAUUGUAAUUAUUGUAAGAAUGUGCGGAGAUUAUUAUUCAGUAAAAAAGACAAUAUUUAUUGUCCAAUAUAUUAUAGGUUUAUAAGGAAUGUGAACCUAUAUUAAUCAUUUGCUAUGUUUAAAACUAUUCUUUCAAAUUGUUUCUAUAAAAAUCUAUUGAUAAACAUGGCCAAAUAUUUUUGUACAUCACCAAAAGACAUUCUCCUUUGGUAUUUCUUAAGCAGUUUAUUCAAAAUUUUUAACCGGCUCUCAAAUUUCACACGCAGCAUAAGUUUUGUCGCAUUUGUUAAUAUUAUUAUAUUACAUGCACAAACUGUGUCUAUAAUUCUCUCAGUAGGAGAUACAGUUUUGCACGAAGCUUAUUCUGCGACAGAUUAUUUUUUAUGGACUAUUAUUAUGGAAUUGGAAUAUCAUUGCCUCUACAGUUUCAUAAUUUUGUGCAAUAUUUUUGAUCAAUAAAUACAAUUGCGCAGAAUA